GUUUUGCUCCCUACUAAUUUCCACAUCGAUGAUAUUAUUACUAAUGUCCAUUAUUCUGAUUAUCCACAGCAAAAUGUCAUUCCGAUCUAUUUUCACCAAGUUCCUGCUCCCUCAAGCAAGGCAUCCGUUCAAAACGCAGUAGUUCAACAGAAGGACUCGGACAAUGAGAGUUUCUCGGAAAUUCUCAACAAUUUUGAUUUUAACAAAUGGCGUAACAGAGUGUUAAUUGCAAAAAGAAAUCGAGUUUUUUUUGAGCGUGCUUAUCCCGGGUUAAAAAGAGCAUGCAGAAAAGAACAGAAUAUGUAAAACAUAUCAAAAUUUCUGGUAAAUCAUUCUUCAUCAGUGCGAAUCGCCCAAAGAUGAGAAAAUGUUCCACUGUGCGUCAACAUUUGACAAGCAAUGAAACAGAUCAAGCAAAAGUUUAGUGCGGAAACUGUGAUGAUUUUUUAGCCAUAAAACAGCAUUGGGAAAACACAAGAAUCGUUGCUGCAAUGUCAUUU